UUUAUAACGGCCCUGUGGUUCCCUGAGCUGUGAAACGUUUUCUGACAGCAGAUCAACAGGGAACAUCUGUGCUUCCACUCAGUCUCAGCUGAGUCUCUGACAGCUGUCCGCACACGCAACUUUUCUCUCUCCGUUUGUAAAAUUUAGCUGAACUUUUUAAACACUCUACCUCAGUUCAAGUCCGCCCAUCAAAAUGCCCUUUAUUGAGAACGUGUCGUACACGGACUUGGAGCGCCUGGCUCUGGAGCGGCUCAUUCCGGCUCUGCUGUCCCACGGCUUCUGCUACGUGGACGGUCUCCUCGGGGAUCUGGCCGGAAGCGCCGUGUUGGACCAGGUGGUGGAGAUGCACCGCUCCGGACAGCUCCAAGACGGCCGGCUGGCCGGCUCUAUCCCGGGCGUCAGCCGCAAGAGCAUCCGCGGGGAUCAGAUCGCCUGGGUGAGCGGCUCGGAGCGCGGCUGCGAGGCGAUCAGCUUCCUGCUCAAUCUGAUUGAUCGGCUCAUCUCCGUGUGCGCCAGCCGCCUGGGAGACAAGGCGAUCCGGGAAAGAUCUAAGGCCAUGGUGGCAUGCUACCCAGGAAAUGGGGCAGGCUACGUGAAGCAUGUGGACAACCCAAACCAUGAUGGACGUCGUCUUACCUGCAUCUACUACCUGAACAAGAACUGGAACCCAAAGGAGCAUGGUGGUGUCCUCAGGAUCUUUCCAGAAGGAAAACUAUACGUGGCUGACAUCAAGCCGCUUUUUGACAGGCUCCUCAUCUUCUGGUCUGACCGCAGGAACCCACACGAGGUGCAACCCUCCUAUUCCACCAGGUAUGCCAUCACAGUUUGGUACUUUGACUCUGAGGAGCGAGCCCAGGCUAAGAAGCGCUUCAGAGAUCUAACAGCUUCCACAGAGCAGCAGGGUAGCAGCUCUAGUUGAUGGUGAGGAAACACUGUCACCUGGUGUUUGGAGAGAACAUCACACUUUCACUGAGACCCAGCUUUUUAAACAGCUGAAUCAACACAGUGGAGGAUAAAUAAGAAGAUGAAUUGUAGGAUGCACGGACGAGUCUUGUGGUCUCCAAUUCUCCGAAAUACGAAUUUCCGAUGCUGCUCUGACCGUGUCAAGGCUGAGACAGAGCUGGCAGGACUGCAUCUGAUUAACCAGAGGAGCUGUUCUGGACUACUUCCGUUUUUAUAAAAAAAAUGUUUGUGUAAUGCUCUGCCAACUCCUGCUGAGUGCCCAGUUGAGACUCCAGCCUUGAUCUCACAACUUCUGACAGAAAGAGAAAAGUUGUCAGAAAGCCUGACGAGUUUACAUGGACGUGAAAACGGCGAGCCAAUGAGGCAAAUGAUCCAGAGCAUGUUUUUCCACCAGUCUGAAGAAGGUGGCACACAUGCAGGUUUACAAACUGGGAGAAAAAGACAGUAUGUAAUGUCUGAGUAUAAACUAACCAAUGAAUGCUGAAUUUAGGAAAGUCUUAUUAAAACAUAUGUUGUAUCAUACCUGACACUUCACUCAAAUUUGAACUUUUUUGUGAAUUUUUUAAAAGAAAUUUUACAGAUUUCCCUACAACAUAAAUGGCUUACCAGAGGCAAAAUUAAACAAGAAAACCAGUUAGGAAGAGAUUGAGUUAUAUCGUAUAUAAUGUAGAGUGUCACUGCAUUUCUGAAACACUGUAAUGCAGGGAACAAAAACACACAUUUGUUUACAAGCCGUUGUGAAUUAAAGAUUCAUGUACUGAUCAAUUAAACACAAUGAUGUUUUUGCUGUUUUGUUUGCACUUAACAUAAACAUUUUGGGAAGGUCACAGAAAGAAAUGGCUUA